AGAACUGAAAUACAGCUGGGCUCUUGACAGAAGACUGACAAAAAGUUUAUUUUGGACAAAGAAUUGUCAAAUAAACCAAAACGUAAUUAAAAGGGAAUAGUUAUCUUUAUAGUAUCUGAUAGAUAGUGGUUAAAAUACAAUGUUAACCCUUGAAGUUAUACCAGAACGUUGCUUAGGCUGCAUUGACCAAUGGGAAUUUAUAUUAGGGAUGCAUUUUUCACAAGCUGUUGCCAUAGUCCAAUCUCAACUUGGUAUUAUUAAAGGUGUUCAAGUUUUGUAUAGUGAAAAAAAGCCUCUAGAAGCUGAUUUAGUUAUAAAUUUACCUCAUGAUGGAAUAAGAUUGUUUUUUGAUCCCAUAUCCCAAAGGCUCAAAAUCAUUGAAAUUUACUCAAUGAAAUCUGUAAAAUUGAAAUACUGUGGACUAGAUUUUAAUUCGCCCGAAAUUUUACCUAGUGUAGAACAAAUUGAACAUUCAUUUGGUGCAACCCAUCCAGGUGUUUAUGAUUCUGAAAAAAAAAUGUUUAUGUUAAAUUUUAGAGGUCUAUCAUUUUACUUUCCUGUCGAGUCAGAAUUCCAAACCGGUAGUUCACACAAUUUGGGUUCGUUACAAUUUCAGGCAGGUAAUUCCCCUAUAGUAUCACGUCUUGCUAUUUAUAGUGGUUUUUGGGAUGAUCAAUUUCCUACGCCUGAAUUACCAUUGACGUGUUAUCACGGACAAAUAUAUUUAAAAAAAGCCAUAGUACUCAGAGAAAGAUCUUAUACUAGGGGACUCAAAUUACAUUUAAUGGCAUCAUCGUCUACUCGAUUAUCCGAUGCUGUAAGUCAAGAAUUCGAAAGAGAAAUUUUACUAGGUCAAUCCACACAAGAAAUAUCGACUGCUUUGGGUGCACCAUCGAAAGUAUUUUAUAAAAGCGAGGACAAAAUGAAGAUACACAGCCCGAAUCCCGAUCGUAAAAUAACUGCCAUUAGGAGUGAUUAUUUUUUCAAUUAUUUCACCUUAGGAAUGGAUAUUCUGUUUGAUGCAAACACUAAUACAGCCAAGAAAAUAGUGUUGCAUACGAAUUAUCCGGGUCACUAUAAUUUCAAUAUGUAUAUGCGUUGUGAGUUUAAUCUCACAUUAAAAGAUGUUGAUAUUGAUGCGUAUACCCAUUGGGAUGAUAUUUGUAAGAAGUUAACACCAAGCGAUAGACCUGUCGUUUUAAAUAGGGCAAGUUCCACCAAUACUACAAAUCCUUUUGGAAGCACGUUAUGUUAUGGAUAUCAAGAUAUUAUUUUUGAGGUAAUGCCGAAUCACUACAUAGCUUCACUGACUUUAUAUGGUGACGGUAUUCCAUGUGAAAAAGAAAAUAGCCAAGCGUGACAGAGGCUCUCUGCCACUUACCUCGUCCUCACUAACAGGUACUGGCAUUCCAACCCCAUAUACGAUUGUGUUUUAAAAGCUUAGUUAUCUCAUUAAAAUAAUUCUUCUUAUCAUAUACUUACGAAAAAUAUAAUUUGUAUGGUAUGUCACGUAUCAUAAAAGAUCAUGUGUUCCAAUAUUAUCAAUAACUGUCAGGAUAAGUACAUGGGAAGAUUUCUUUGAAAUAUAUAUCACACUACACAUUAAUUGAUCCAUUUACCGUCAAGGGAAGAAAAAAAAAUUAAAGUAACACGUAUUCAUAUUUAAAAAGAAAAAAAGAAAAUUAGUUACUUCUCAAAAUAAAUGAUGUUGCCUAUACGCAUCAAUGGUCUAAAGUGUUAAGUGGUAUUAUUGAAAAAAGUUCUUAACUAUUAAAUCAAUUCUAACGAUAAAAUGCCCAGUAUGAUUAAUUCUCACUUCAUUGGGUGGUUCUGAUAGAAGUACCCUUGGGACAAAGUUCAUUUUCAAAAGUUGAACUGCGACAAAUGAUUUGAAAUUUGGUUGUCAUUUUACUAUCUCACAGUAUUGUAUAUUUUCCAAACAUUUACAAGAGUUCUGUCGAUUGUAUUUAUAAAUAUUGGCCAACACACGAGAUCUAUAGUUUACUACACAAUUAUCGUGAAAAUCUACCCCUCCGACAUAUUUAUUAUAUGUUGAAAUUAUAGCUACUUGUGGGGUUAACGCCUCUUUUUUUAUUGUACAGAACUGAGAGGUUCUACACUAUAAUGGGUACUGAUUGCUGUUACAAAGGAAUUAUCGUUUCAUUUCACCAAAGAAAUGUAAGUGGAUUCCUCAAACAGUAAGUCAUAGGAGCCCUACGCCUAUUUUGGCUUCAAAAAAGACAACAAUUUGUAAAAAGCGAAAAAUUUAUCAAAGAAGAUAUUAUGAAUUCGAAAAUUUUUCACAUUCAACAAAGAUCAGUUUUCUUUUAUGCAGCUCCCACGUAAGGUAUGAACUGGUAAAUAAAUGCACCAAAUCUUGAAUCUAAAACGGACAUCUUGCAAAAAUGUCGUCCAAAUUUGUUCAUCAAUAGACAAGUCAAAUGAAAAACUUCUAAACCGUACAAAUCUAUGAUUGAGUGAGUUAUAAGAGGGGCGGAAUUUUUUUAAUUUGUUAGUUACAUCAAGGUUGUCAUUAUCAUUCAUUUAUUCAUCACAUCAUCACUGGCACUACGGCCUUCAAAGAGCCUUGGCCUCGUCCACCAUAUUCCUCCUGUCAUGGCGGUCUAACGCUCGGUGUCUCCACUUUCUUACACGUAGCUCCAGAAGAUCCUAUUCGCCGUCCCUCCGGUACGCUUUGCUCAAAGUGGCCUAAUCAUCUGAGUCUGGCCCUCUUGACUUCUGUCACCAGGCUUGGGUCUUCAUAGAGCCAAUAGAGCUCGGUGUUUGUACUGUUACGCUACACGAUCUGAACGCACACUGGUCCAUAUAUUCGACGUGUUGUUGAUCUUCUCGCGGUUGUUCAACACCCAGGUCUCGUUAGCUCACAUGACAAUCGGCGAAAAAUUGUGCGAUAGAUCUGCUUUUUCGUUCUUCAAUUCAGUAAACGUGACUUUAGUAGUCUUUGAAGACUGAAGUAUGCUCUAUUCCCCGCUUUCACACGUCUUUUAUUUCAUGGCAUUAUUUUCAGUCAUCAGGUAUUCAAAUUACGGUACAUUUUCGAACUUAUACCGGCCUACUUCGAAAGCUCCCGGGAAAGUUCUUCUCUUUCUUGACAUAACCAUAUAUUUUGUUUUGAACUCGUUAAUGGUGAGCUCCACUCUACUGGAUUCCUCCUCCAGCUGCUCAAAGCUUUCCUUCAGUUCACGCUCCCUUCGACUGAGUAGAUCAGUGUCGUCAGCUUGAGUAAGGUACUACAAUGUUCUGUUGAGCAGAGUUCCUCCUCUAUUAACUUCGAUAUUUCUGAUGACUCGUUCCAAUGUCAGGUUAAAGAGGUUACACGAGACGUCAUCCGUACCAGAAGGAUAAGUUUAGGAUAAAUGCCAAAAAGAUGCAGAGUGCUGUAGGGGUAAGAUCGAUCGUCACUGUCAUAAGCUUGUUUGUAAUCUAUGAAGAGCUGGUGUAGGGAAAUAUUGUACUUCCAACAGGCAGAGAAUAGUGAAGAUUUGAUCAGUUGUUGAUCUCGAAGAAUUCUCCCAGUGUCUAUUAUUCGAUUUGGUUCCUUUUCACUGAUCUGAACUUAUUUUGGCUCGUACAUCUUGAACACUCGGACUAUCAACUUGGUGUUCUUCGAUAAUUAUAUCAGUGUCUACUAUGCUUGUAUUUGCAGCAUAUGAAUGUUCUUGGUUUACUAUAUUAUCAUGAACUUUGGCAUCACUGUGAUCUUCAUAAAUGGAAGUAGACAAUGAAAGCAUAAAUACAUGGUAUAGCUUUAUACUUCAAAUCUUUUUUAUUGAAAUUUUUAAAAUCACUUUCGAUUUCCACACAAGCGAUAUUUUGGUAUUGAGCAUCGAAUUUUAUAAAUUUCUCCUAUUUAGAAUACACAUCAGGAAAGCAUUUGAGAAAUCGGAAAAAAUGUUUAUUCAUCUUUCCUUCCAUAUAUUUACUAUUGCAGCCUGGAAAUUUACAUCUAUACUUUACUCUAUCACCUACCUUCAAUUCUAUCCUGAAAUAUUCAAUGGAAAAUUACAGAAAAAAAUACUUAGAUGUCAAUUUUUCAGUUAUUUCCAAUAAGAUUCUUCGUCGACUAGGGCUAUGCUCCCUACCUAACUCUCUCAGCCUUAUAAGAGUAGAGGGGAAAAGAGAUGCAUAUACUUUAGGCAAAUUUCCAUUGCCCCCCUGUAAGAACGCAGUCCAUGUACAAUUUGAUAAAAAAAUUAUUUGUGUAGUGUUGGUAAACGCAUCAACAACCGCGAAAGUGUUGACGCAAUUUUUUCGAUAAAUAUUUAAAUAUUGUUCAUUCUUAUAAGUAUUAGCAUUUUGUACCAAUUUUAAAUAACCCAUAGAUGCCCCAUGUACAAAGUUUUUUUUGUAUAAAAUUGAACCAAGUGAUCUCUUACGUUACUGUACUUCACAUCAUCGAUAAUAAAAUUAUUAUAGCUUUUUAAAAAUUGGGAUAGAAUAUUAAUCCGAAAAAAAGCAAAAAAA